AUGGAGGAUAGUAAAGAAAAAGAUAACAAAGGACUCAACAUAUAGUUCUUUGAAAGUGGUUGUCUGUUUGGAAUAAAGGUAAAAUUUCAGCGAACGUCGAAACGGAUCCGAUUUACUUUUGUGUCGGAAUAUAGAGCAGGCGAAUUCGCCGUUGUGGAGCAGAGAUCUGAUUGAAACGAUUCUUGCAGGAUCUCAGGUCUUCGGAAUCUUUCGAAAUCUCAAGUAUACUGCCAACUUGGAAGUUUCAGACCUGCGUUAGGCUUGGCACUUGGGAAGACAAAGAAAAGGUCUUCACUGCGAAGUUUGACGAGAUUCUAGAUGCGCGAAAGUUUUCACCUCGUGGUCAGGGGUCCAGACAACUUGGCGUCCUUUUAAAAUAAUCAGUAAUUCAGGAUCAUGCCGUUUUCGACUUUUCGCGAGGUCUUCAAUGCGUCGGCGGAAGCCCUGACUAAUGAGCUGAGUGCCGAGCUGUUGGAGCAGUUGCAUUGUGGGGAAUCUGUUCGCACAACUCUGGAAAGACCUCGAGGUUUUGAACUUCAGCUGAUAAUGUAUAAUUGAGACUUUUUCAGCAAGUCACCAUUGGCGAGGUCGCCAAACAGUACGCAUCUUUGGUUUUCACGCCUCACGCGGCUGCAGUAACCAUUAUUUGAGUACUUUCUUGAUGAUGCCGAGGUUUCAGGGAGUUUUCACCGACGCCUUCUGGUUAGCGAUGCGACACGGUGUCUCAAGCGAAAAUCAGAUGCGUUUUUCGUGGAUCGCCGAGAAGGCCGAAUUCACUUGCAAGGUCUGGACCUCACAGUUUUCAAAAAAAGGCUCAGGCCAAGCAAAAAAGUCCUUUUUUUGAAGUCUCUUUUAUCGUUGCUUUCAUAGUACGUUUUUUUUCGGAAAUCAGAGAAAAUAAUUUUGUUAUUUUUUCUUAUGAUGAUCAGUUCAUCAACAAUGACGCGAUAAUCAGAUUAGGUUUCCUUUUUUCAUGUCAUCGAUUCUUUCUGAACGAAAAAUGGCCUCAGGUUAUCGUUUGUUUUCCUAAUUAGCCCACGUAGAGCUAACAUUCUCCUGCAUACUGAAAAUCAAGUUUUCCUAAAAAAUUUUGAAUUUUAUCAACCUUCCAGGUCUUCGGCAAUCAUGUUUAUCUAGUGUUCCCAGUCUGAUUCAAACAUCCGACUGUUGAUUUUUUAGUUUUUAAGUAAGAUACAAAAGUUAUAAGAGAAGUUGGCAGAUCGACAGCCCCCUGUCGUACUUCGUCCGCGAGGAACACAUCGCCGUGAUGAACAUGUGCAUGAGGUUCGUCCACGCCGCCCAUCGAACCCUCGAGACUCUCGUCACCAUCUCCACAGACCGUGAGCUCCGCGGCUCCAUCUGACCCGUUAUAUCGCUUCAGGCUCCCUGAUCGACCGACUUUCGUGCAUGCCGUCCCGAAACUCCAGCGAGUGCUCUCUGAACUCGUCGGCCGUCAGCAUUACAGAACAUAACAAGUUCUUCUAGACUUUCUGAAACUUCAACUUUACCAUCUUCAGCGCCUUCUCCGAAGACGACUUUUCGUUACGCAAACGCCUCCGCUUCGUCGUCUUCAUUCUGAAACAGAUUGUUUCGCAUUUCAAAGAGUUUUUCAUCAACAAAGUAUCUUUUUGCUUUGGGUUUUGCUUAAAAAAAGCUUUUUCCAGGCUAGGUGGGUGUACCGGACGACGUUGAACAAGAUUCUGACGGCGACUUCGGUCGCUCAGGCCGAGAAAGCCUCGGUAGAAGCUCAUUCGCUGCUCCAUCAGCUCGUCGAAAAGGCUAAUUUCCGGAAAAGAGUUCACGAGGCGAUGAGUCUCUACGUCAACAUCACCGACGUCAUUCGUUUAAGGUCUUAUAGCCUUAUUUCAUUAAACUCUUUCUUUCCAGAGCGAAUAUUUUCCAAGCAAACUAUAUUACUUUCGACUUGUUUGUUCUUAAAAUGUUCAUUAGAAUUUCAAAGUUUAUCUCGAUUUAUUUUUUCUUUAAAAGGGUCAUGUUCGACUCCCGCUUAAUAACUUCUUCUUUCUUUUCCAGCUUCCAGUGUAUCCAUUUAAUAUCGAUAUUCAAUCUUUCAUUGAUAAUAAGAAAAUUUUGUCUUGAGAUGUAUUGGCUCUAGUAACGAGAAAAAGUGGCCAGUGCAUUUGAACCAAAAUAUCAGAAAAAUUAAGAACUCGUUAAAAAUUUCCACCUUUUGACGACUAAUCCAAGUAAGUUUUCUCUUUUAAGAAUACGAUUGAGAGAUUUUUUCCUGUUUUGACGAAACUCAAAUGAUAGGAAGUUUCAGACUGGUCUCCAACACCCUGACACUCAAGUACGUGGACGAAUGCGAGCAGAAAGUUCUCAAGUCCGUCGAAAUGCUCCUCAUGCUCUCCAAGCACUACGGCCACGACAAAGAUACCAUUUUCUACCUUCUCGCUUCAAGAAUUGGCUUCAAAUCACAAAUUUAUUCCUUUGAUUCUCGAAUGAGCUGA